CGCCUCCGAUCAGUCGCACCGCUCCUUGUUAACGUGGUCACUAAUUUGUAGGAAUUUCACUGCUUUUGGAAUAUACAGCCUGAUAUACGAAAACAUUAUAUACUAUGGAAGUGCUGUCUCAGAGCCAGGAGGUCUUGUCCACUUCGCCGGCGGAUACGCCAAAACUAAUGCAUGGAGGCAAUUACAUUGCUGAAGGACGUGAUUCAAAUAAGUCGACCUGGCUCCUAUUCUCUCCUGAAACACCUGACACAGCUGGUUCCUUGGCGAAGUUUCUCAGCAUUUUUUCUACCCAUGGUGUGAACCUUAGCCACAUCGAGUCCCGCUCGUCAGCAAGAAGGCCCGGAUAUGAGUUCAUGGUUGAAUGUGAACAUGGCUCUGGCGACUUUGGCGCUGUUCUGGCGGAGUUGAAGGAAAAUACAGGAUAUUUGAAUAUAAUUUCUAGAAACUACAAGGACAAUAAAACUGCGGUACCCUGGUUUCCGAGACGUAUUCGUGAUUUAGACAGAUUUGCGAAUCAGAUCCUUUCCUACGGUGCUGAGCUCGACUCAGAUCAUCCUGGCUUUACUGACCCCGAAUACAGGGCCAGAAGAAAAUACUUCGCUGAUAUUGCAUUUAACUAUAAGCACGGUCAGCCCCUACCACAUGUGAAUUACACUAAAGAUGAAACCGCAACUUGGGGCGUUGUGUUCAGAAAACUUACAGAAUUGUAUCCAACUCACGCUUGCAAGGAGCAUAAUCACGUUUUUCCAUUAUUGAUCGAAAAUUGUGGAUACAGAGAGGACAAUAUCCCUCAACUUGAAGAUGUUUCUAAUUUCCUUAAAGAUUGCACAGGAUUUACUCUACGUCCAGUAGCAGGCCUACUGUCAUCGAGAGAUUUUCUUGCUGGUCUGGCGUUCCGAGUGUUCCAUAGCACUCAGUACAUUAGGCACCAUUCACGUCCCCUCUACACUCCGGAGCCAGACGUAUGCCACGAGUUGCUGGGCCAUGCUCCACUAUUUGCCGAUCCUGCAUUUGCACAGUUUUCUCAGGAAAUUGGUCUCGCCUCUCUGGGAGCCCCAGACGAUUACAUUGAAAAACUUGCUACAUGCUUUUGGUUUACUGUGGAAUUCGGCUUAUGUCGUCAAGAAGGGCAACUUAAAGCUUAUGGUGCCGGACUUUUGUCUUCAUUUGGUGAGCUACAGUACUGCCUUUCUGAUAAGCCCGAGCUAAGGGAAUUUGAGCCUCAAAUCACCGGCACGCAAAAGUAUCCAAUUACCGAAUAUCAACCUGUAUACUUUGUGGCCACCAGCUUCGAAAAUGCUAAAGAGAAAAUGAUAAAAUUCGCUCAGACUAUUCCUCGUGACUUCGGUGUCAGAUACAAUCCAUACACUCAGAGUAUUGACAUACUCGACUCGCCCAGGCAAAUGAGGGACCUCUUCAAGCAUAUACACCAGGAAAUGGAGCUGCUAGUUGGUACAAUGGAUAAAUUUUAGAACAUUUAUAGAGAUUAUAGUGUAAGACUAAACAAAACUACUGUGAAAUUAAUAUGACUAUAUAUUUAAAAUUUAUAAAAAUUCAAUGCGAUAUUGACGACGCAUAUUAAUGAAUCAUUUUAAGAAAAUAAUUAUCUACCUAUUUUAUUAAUCAAUUCUUUUAAGUUUUUUUUAUAUCGUAACUUUUAUAUGAUAGUUAUUUUUAAUUUACACUUGUUUCACUGGUGGUAGGGCUUUGUGCAAGCUUGUCUGGGUAUGUACUACCCACUCAUCAGAUAUUCUACCACAAAACAGCAGUACUUGGUAUUGUUGUGUUCCGAUUUGAAGGAUGAGUGAUUGCCAGUGUAAUUACAGGCACAAGGGAUGUAAUUAAUUGACACAUUUUAGUUUCCAAGGUGGGUGGCGCAUUGGCGAUGUAAGCGAUGGUUAACAUUUCUUACAAUGUCAAUGGCUAUGGGCGUUUCUGAUCACUUACCAUCAGGUGACCCAUAUGCUCGUCCGCCUACUUAUUUAAUAAAAAAAAUUAUUUAGUUUAAUGAGUACCAUAUAAAUAUUUACAUUUUUUUAAGUUAAACAGAUUAUAUGCCUAAGUAACGCUUAUUUAAAUAUGAAAUAUAAUAAGGAAUUCGUUCGGUUCUAAUUGUCGACAGAAUAUUAGUUCCACUUUUAUAAUGUUUCUUGAGAUCGUGAAUUCUUACGACUUAAGAAAGUAGUUUAAAAGUUUUUUUAUACAUUAAUUUCUACUCAUAUAAACUUAUAUUGUGUUGAACUGUUUAACUAUUAUUAUGGUGAAUUUUAAUAGCUUUAUUAAUGUAAAUAAUAAUAUAGACUAUUUAUAACUUAAAUGUAUUUUAAGAUAUAUAAAUUGAAAGCGCGUAUAAAAUAUUAUUAUGUAAUAAAGGUUAAUUGUAAUUAUAUAUUAAAUAAUAAGUAAUUAUUUUUGUUUAAAUAAAAC